AUGAAGUCUCGGCAGAAAGGGAAGAAGAAGGGCGGCUCGAAGGAGCGGGUGUUUGGGUGCGACCUGCAGGAGCACCUGCAGCACUCAGGCCAGGAGGUGCCCCAGGUGCUGAGGAGCUGUGCAGAGUUUGUGGAGGAGUAUGGAGUGGUGGAUGGGAUCUACCGCCUCUCAGGGGUCUCUUCCAACAUCCAGAAGCUCCGGCAGGAGUUUGAGGCUGAGCGGAAGCCAGACCUGCGGCGAGAUGUUUACCUUCAGGACAUUCACUGUGUCUCCUCCCUGUGCAAGGCCUAUUUCAGAGAGCUGCCAGACCCCCUGCUCACUUACCGGCUCUAUGACAAGUUUGCUGAGGCUGUGGCAGUGCAACUGGAACCUGAGCGCUUGGUCAAGAUCCUAGAGGUGCUUCGAGAACUCCCUGCCCCAAAUUACAGGACCCUGGAGUUCCUCAUGCGGCACCUGGUGCACAUGGCCUCAUUGAGUGCCCAGACCAACAUGCACGCCCGCAACCUGGCCAUCGUGUGGGCCCCCAACCUGCUGAGGUCUAAGGACAUAGAGGCCUCAGGCUUCAAUGGGACAGCGGCCUUCAUGGAGGUGCGGGUGCAGUCCAUUGUCGUCGAGUUCAUCCUCACACAUGUGGACCAGCUCUUUGAGGGUGCUGCUCUCUCUGGUGGUGAGGUGGAAAGUGGAUGGCGAUCACUUCCAGGGGUCCGGGUGUCAGGCAGCCCCGAGGACCUUAUGCCCCGAUCCCUGCCCUACCACCUGCCUAGCAUCCUGCAGGCUGGUGAUGGACCCCCACAGAUGCGGCCUUAUCACACUAUCAUAGAGAUUGCAGAGCACAAGAGGAAGGGGUCUUUGAAGGUCAGGAAGUGGAGAUCUAUCUUCAAUCUGGGUCGCUCUGGCCAUGAGACCAAGCGUAAACUUCCACGGGGGGCUGAGGACAGGGAGGACAAAUCUGAUAAGGGGACUCUGCGGCCAGCCAAGAGCAUGGACUCAUUGAGUGCUGUGGCUGGGGUCAGUGAUGAGCCAGAGGGGCUGGUGGGACGCAGCAGUCCUCGGCCAGGCCCACUGCUGCUGGCGAGCUUUGAGAAUGAUUCUGUGGAAGCAGCAGAGGGUGAACAGGAGCCCGAGGCAGAGGCACUGGCUGGCACGAGCUCUGAGCCCGGCACACCACGACCUGGACGGUCAGCAAUCCGUGCUGGGGGCAGCAGCCAUGCAGAGCGCCGUGCUGGCGUCCACAUCUCAGAGCCCUACGAUGUCAACCUCCCAGCACACAUCAGUUCUAUGCUCAACAUAUCCCCAAACAUCAUCUCUAACGUCUCCUUGGCCGGGUUUGCCCGUGGUCUUGAGUACCCCACCCUACAGCCCCGGCCAAGCCCUGCCUCUGGCCCUGGCUCUGGCCCUGGCCUUGGCCCUGGCCCCCCAGAUGAGAAGUUGGAGGCGAGUCCAGCCCCAGGUCCCCUGGCUGACUCAGGCCCAGCGGACAUGACCCCUGCCCUGGAGGACUGCCUGUCCCAGGAGGUGCAGGAUUCCUUCUCCUUCCUAGAGGACUCAAGCAGCUCAGAGCCCGAGUGGGUGGGGGUGGUGGAUGGGGAGGUGGCCAAGGCAGGACCAGCAGGAGCAGCCUUCUCCCCUGGGGAGGACGACCCUGGGAUGGGCUACCUGGAGGAGCUCCUGGGAGUUGGGCCUCAGGUGGAGGAGUUCUCUGUGGAGCCACCCCUGGAUGACCUGUCUCUGGAUGAGGCGCAUUUUGUCCUGGCUCCCAGCUGCUGUUCCCUGGACUCUCCUGGCUCCAGACCUGAAGCAGACGAGGAAAGUGGGGAGGAAGUCUUCCUGAGUGCCUAUGAUGAACUAAGUCCCCUUCUGGGGCCCGAACUCCCGACCUGGGAGGGUUCAGGCAGUCUAGAGGAAAAGGGAACAGGGUCUGGAAGACAGGAGGCUCCAGGACAGGCUGAGGGAGAACAGGCCUUCUGGGAAAUUGAGGAGGACAAGGGAGCUGAGCCUGGAAGUAGAUGGGACAUCAGGGAGGAGGCUGAGGGCAGUCCAGAGAGUGAAGUGGAGGGUGGAGAGGCCGGUGAGGAAGGAGUGGAGGCUGAGGGAAGCCAAAAGGUGAUUGACAGUUUGAGUGAAAGAUGUGGGGAAGAGAGAGAGGAGACAGACGCCAAGGGAGAGGAGUCCAAAGGUCAGCAGGAGGAUGAGAGUAUGGAGGAAGCUAAGGGUGUGGAGGAAACAGGAGGGGAGCAGGGUAAAGACAAGGGGAAGGAAAGAAAGACUGAGCGAGAAGAAGAGGCUGAGGAAGGAGAUGAAGCCCAGGGAGAAGCCGGGAGGGACCCAGAGGAUGGGGCCCAGGAAAACCAAAUUGCUGAAGAGAGCUGGGAAGUUGUACACAAACAAGAGGCUGAAGGAGGCAGAGAAGAUGAGGUCAAAGGGCAGAGGGGGGAUGAGAACCAAGAGACAAGAGAAGACCAAGGAGAUGGUGAAGAUAGCAGAAUCCCAGAAGAAGCAGCUGAAGGAGGAGCAGGGAAGGUCAGCAAGGAACGGGAGUGUGGAGACGGAGAAGCUGAGGGAGACCAGAGGGCUGAAGGUGACCAUGUAGAAGAGGGCUCCCUCCCUGAAGUGUCACAUAUAGAGUCCCUGGAGGUUGACAGUGCCAAAGAGGGCGAUGUCCAGUCCUCUGAGACAGAACACGCAGCCCCACAGCCACCCCGGCCAGAGGAGAUGGAUCCAGAGGGGCAGCCCAGUCCCCUUGGCUCAGCUGGUGGUGUGAGCAUGCGCCUGGCCUCCACCCUGGUUCAGGUCCAACAGGUCCGCUCUGUGCCUGUGGUGCCCCCCAAACCACAGUUUGCCAAGAUGCCCAGUGCAAUGUGUGGCAAGAUCCAUGUGGCACCAGCAAACCCAUGCCCAAGGCCUGGCCGGCUUGAUGGAACUCCUGGGGAACGGGCCUGGGGGUCCCGAGCCUCCCGCUCCUCUUGGAGGAAUGGGGGCAGUCUUUCAUUUGAUGCUGCUGUGGCCCUGGCCCGGGACCGCCAGAGGACUGAAGCUCAGGCAGUUCGGCGGACCCAGACCUGUACUGGGGCUGGGGACUACAGCCUCAUCCCCAAAACCUCCCACUAUAGCAUGAUCCCUGCCUAUUGUCCUCGGCCCCUUAGCUGCCUGGAGCUCCCAGCUGAAGGCACAGAAGUGUCUGGACCCCGGAGUCGGUUUAGUCUGCCCCUGAGAGAACCCCAGCUCCCUGACCCCGAUACGUCCCCCCAGCGCCGAUCGUAUGCAUUUGAAACACAGGCUAACUCUGGGAAAGGUGAGGGACUGUGA